AUGCUAGUUGAAAGCUGCGUUCGGAAAGGCACAAGAGACGGCAUAUAUUCAUUAAUUUCCGCCGUAUCUUCAAUCCGCCCCACCCACCUAUCAUCAGGAAUAAUGCCAAACCAUUCAACUCUCUUUCAACCACCACCCAUUAAUCCCAAACGCGCCGAUAUAGAAAAUGUUUUGGAGCUUACAAACCUUUCAAAGGUCCAAUCUAAUCUCUUCACCAACACUUACCCCUUGUGGCACCCACCGGGAGCCCGGGGAAUCUAUGGUGGAACUGUAAUUGCACAUUCCCUAGCGGCCUCGCAGCACACCGUCCCUUUAGACUUUGAUGUGCACAGUAUGCACUGUUCGUUCCUGCUCGCCGGCGACUCGGAAACCCCUAUCAUGUAUGCCGUCGAGCUAAUUCGCGAUGGGAAAUCAUACUUAACUAGAGUGGUUCGAGCGACCCAACGGGGAAGGAGCAUCUUCAUUGCAACUAUCUCUUUCAUGCGAGACAACGAACGGCCAGAAAACGAUGUAGUGCGACACGUUGUGCCUCUACCGACCGGAACAAAGCCCCCAAAAGAGGAAGAGGAGACCGAAUUCUCACAAGAAUCGGCAAGUCCAAUCAUAAAUUGCGGCGUUGAAAUUCAAAAUCUUCAAAGUGAAGAGCUUCAUACGAAGAGGAUGCGACGAUGGGUUAAGGCUCGAGGUCGCAUUACAGAUGCUGGUGGGCACCGGACGCACGCAAACGUGCUAGCCUAUAUCUCGGACCAAAACUUCAUCGGAACUGUAGCUGCGAUACAUAAUCUAUGGCGAUUUGGCAAACCGUUGGUUGAGGAUGUUUCUGGAGGCGACGGUAAAGGGACCUUAGUACGAAAGUUACAGGACUAUACAGGGUAUGAUUCCGAUCUACAGAAUAGAAGAGCACGGCGGGAAGUAGGAAUGAUGGUGAGCUUAGACCAUAGCAUCUACUUCCACGAGCCCAAAAGUUUCAGGGCAGAUGAGUGGAUCUUGACGGAUAUGGAAUCUCCCUGGUCUGGCCACACUCGCGGCUUAGCCAUACAAAAAAUGUAUGCAGCUGAUGGAAACUUAAUCGCUACCUGUAUCCAAGAGGGAGUAGUAAGGUUGAAAAAAACCGAAACAUCUAGAUCCUCCAAAAUCUAG